CCUAACAGGUGACCCAUGAGUAAACAGAGAAGAGGACAGGAUGGGGAAACAGGUGAAAGGAGGGAGAGAGGUGGUUUGGGUGGAGUAAAGGGGCUGUAUUUAAGGCACCGUCGUCCAGAGCCUUCCUGUCUGCUGCCAUCGCCUCCUCUAUCCACACUUCACCGUCAAACCAGCGCUUCCUCUCCACACAGAAUGUCUUUGCCCAACUCAGAGAAUGCCUCCACCCUGGAGAACGCUAUGCAGCUGAUGAUCCAAACCUUUCACAAAUACUCUGGAAAUGAAGGAGACAAAUACACGCUGAGCAGGGCUGAACUCAAGGAGUUGCUCACCACAGAGCUCGGCACCUACCUGGGGAAUGCCCAGGACAAAGAGGCUGUUGAUAAGGUCAUGAAAGACCUGGAUUCAAACAAUGAUGGAGAAGUGGAUUUCACUGAGUUUGUCAUCUUAGUUGGAGCUCUGACCGUAGCCUGUAAUGACUUCUUCCUGGAGUUCAACGAUAAGCCAGAGAAGAAGUGAGCACCUACUCUGCUCAUAGAAAUACACUAUUACAAAUCCAAAAUCUCAGUAAGGAAAAAGUAACAGAUAUCCUGUAAUAAGACAAAAACAUGCAAAAUACAUGACCUGUAAUAGUCACGUCUAUUAUUUCUGUCACU